AUGCCUUCUCCUAUACCUAUUGCUACUCGUCCCAUCAACGAGCCUAAAGUGGGGAGGAAUAACUACCAACCUUUUGGCUUUCGAGAGGAGGUCUUACCAGCUGGUUGGACAAGUCAGGAAGGCUCACUGCCCCUUCCAUGUGAUAUUCAUGCUUCACAUGAUGUCAAAGUUACAGUUCGCGACGGUGCCAACCUAUACAUUGAUAUAUACCGACCUAAUACAUCAGAACCGGUUCCAGCAAUCCUUGCUUGGAGCCCCUUCGGAAAGAAGUUUAAUGGCAUCAGCAUGCUGAGAAUGCUGCCUUGGGGCCUCGGAGUUCCCAAAGGAGUUAUCAGUGGACUUGAGAAGUUUGAAGGUCCUGAUCCGGCCUCUUUUGUGCCUAAAGGUUUUGCCAUUGUCAAUGUGGAUGCUCGGGGUGCUGGUGACUCGGAUGGAAAUGUGCAUAUCAUGGGUACGCAGGAAGCCGAAGAUGGCUAUGAUGUUAUUGAAGCCAUUGCAAAGAUGCCAUGGUGCAACGGUAACAUUGGCUUGGCCGGCAAUUCCCAUCUAGCAAUUGUCCAAUGGCAUAUUGCACAAUUGCAGCCGCCAUCGCUUAAAGCCAUCGCGCCAUGGGAAGCAUGUGGUGAUCUGUACCGAGAGCAAUUUGUGCGAGGCGGUAUCUUUGAUGCCGGGCUUUUUGACCUCAUCAUCGACCACAACAUUCAGGGUCAUGGUGGAGUGGAAGACUUUCACGAAAUGUACCGAAGAUACCCCAAAGCCGACUCUUUGUACUGGAAAGAUAAGAGACCGGACAUUAGCAAGAUCUCUAUCCCGACUUAUAUCACAGCCUCCUAUACAAGCUUUGUACACACAAUGGGUUCCUUGCGUGGAUGGCUCCAACUCAGCACCUCUGAAAAGUGGUUACGAAUCUGCCCGUGGCAGGAGUGGUUCGACAUGUGGAAUGAUAAAGACUCAGCAGCCGACUUGGCGGGCUUUUUCGGUCUCUAUCUGAAAGGAGAAAAGAACGGAUGGGAGCGAACUCCUAAAUUUAGGACCACUGCGUUGCGAUUUACACAGGACCCAGUCUUUGAUAUUGUGGAAGAAGAUUUCCCAAUUCCUCGCACAGACUACCGGAAAUUAUACUUCCAACCUGAGCAGAAAUUAGGACUCGAAGCACCUGUUGAAGCCUACUCUGUGUCGUACGACUCCGAAAAAUACUUGGACCAUGCUGGCUUCACCCAUACAUUUUUCGAAAAGACGCGACUGAUGGGCAUUCCCAAGGCGGUCGUCUAUGUGUCUUGCGCGGACUUUCAUGAUCUCGAUAUUUACGUUCUCGUUCGAAAGCUAGACGCCCAAGGCAAGCCUCUACUCAACUUGAACAUUCCUUGGUCAUCUAUUGCUUCUCAGGGCGCGAGCCCCGAUAAGAUUGAUGAGAUUCCACCCAGUCAUAAAAACAACCUCUUGUUCCACGUCGGAUCUCAAGGUAUUUUACGCGCAUCAAGGCGGGCUAUUGACUGGUCCAAAUCAAUCCAUGAGAAUUUUCCAUUCCAUCCGCACGACCGUGAUGAAUAUGUGACUCCUGGUGAGAUUGUGAAGUUGGAAAUUGGUAUCUGGGCCAUGGGUGUCGAGUAUGAGGCUGGCGAGAGUGUGAGGGUGGAAGUCCACGGCAACAGUCCCGCUUUAAGAGGAGAGUUCAAGGAGGAUAAUGAGUUUGCCAGUCUGGCUUCUCACGGAAGGCAUCAAGUGUACAUUGGUGGAGAGCACGCAUCGUACAUUAUUCUUCCUUUUGGCUCACUGAAUGAAUUUGCUGCUCUAGACUCCUCAAUCCGUUCAGAUGUUCGUAAGCAUUUGGCUACGGAGUUAGCCGCCGGAAAUGUUUCUGAAACAUGCGCAAUUCCUCUGAAAUCUGUGAAGAUGCAUCGUCCUAUGGCUAUUGGAGGGUUCGUCGACUUUUUGUGUUCGCUUGAGCAUUGUAAGAAUUGUGCUCCCUUGGCCGGUGGAGCGGUUUCCAACAACUUCUAUUAUGCGCCAUCCGUAUACAAUGGACGAACAUCAAGCAUUGUACCCUCCCCAGAGCCAGUUCGUCGACCUCACGGAAUCAUUUACCAUCCAGAAACAAAGGAACCAACAUUCUGCCCUUCGAAGAAAAUAGACUUUGAAUUAGAAAUGGGAAUCUUCGUCUCCAAGCCUGUUCCCAUUGGAGAGAGAAUAUCGAUCGAAACUGCAGCUAGCCAUAUCUUCGGCUUUGUCUUGUUGAACGAUUGGUCAGCUAGAGAUCUUCAAGCAUUUGAGAUGAAUCCUUUGGGCCCUUUCCACUCUAAGGGUUUCGGAACAAGCAUCUCGCCAUGGAUCGUUACCAUCGAUGCUUUGAUGCCAUUCACCUGCAAGCCAUGGCACGAUCAUACGAGCACAGAGUUCGAACACCAGCGUUAUUCAGAUCGAACCAAGGCGACAUUUGAUAUCAAAUUGGAUGUGACUUUAGUUCGAAACGGGGAAUCUCAUAAACUCGCAACCAGUAAUUUGAAUUAUCUCUACUGGACACCAUAUCAACAAGUUACACAUCAUACUCUCGCCGGCUGUGGCUUGGAGACCGGCGACUUGCUUGGUACAGGAACUAUUACUGGAGAGACAAAACAAGAACUUGGCUCUCUAUUUGAGGCUACUUACAACGGCACCAAACCCAUUGAAUUGGCCAAUGGUGAUAAGCUUGGGUUUUUACAGGAUGGUGACGAGAUUAUUCUCGGUGCGUCUUGUGGAGGUGAAGAAGGUCAACCUCGUUUGGGCUUCGGGGAAUGUCGUGGAAAGAUCCUGCCUGCUAAAUAG